UACUUUAUUUAUUUAUCUCCUUUCCCUGCAAAACCCUAAAUUCUUGUUUCCUGAACAAAUUCUUGUCUCACUCCAAAAGGUUUGCAUUUUCUUCUUUGUAAUUCUUGAUGAUUUUUUUGUUGAAUUUUUUAUGAGCAUUUUCAAGCUCUCUGCAGUCUCUGCAAUGGUGAGAAUUUAAGCCACAAAAUUGUUUUUAUAAAAAAAAAGUAAACCCAUUUUCAUGCUCAUAAAACUGGGUUACUUUUGAUCUUUGAAUUUUUAAUUGAAGUUGUUGUCUAUUUUACAUUUUCUUCUAUUUUCUGGUAUGUUUUUUACUCUGUAAUUGAACUCAAGUUUUGUUUUCUUUCUUUCUUUUCUUUUUGAUGAUUUAUUGGCAAAAUUAAUUCUUUUGAACCUUCUGAUCACCCAAAUUUUAGAGAGAGUUUUAAAGUUUUAUGCGUAGGUUGAAGGGGUUUUAGGCAGCUGGGGUUUUUCUUUUUUCUUGAUCUAAAACAUAUAUGAAUGGAGGACAAAGAGGGACCAACGCCCGGGGUCUCAGUGAAAGUGGAUGAAGCUCCAAAGGGCUACCACGUGGCGCCCAGAAUGGAAAACCCCACCCCAUAUGCGGGGCCCACAAUGCAGGCCAACGCUGCACCUCCAGCGAGCAUAGCAGCGCCUCUGGGACCUGGCACCAGCACCGAGAUGAAGAAAAAAAGAGGCAGACCAAGAAAGUACGGACCAGAUGGGUCUUUGGCAAUGGCAUUGUCACCGAUGCCAAUAUCGUCGUCGAUUCCACUGUCGGGAGAGGUUACCCCUUGGAAACGGGGAAGAGGGCGGUCGGUUGACACGGUCAAAAAGUCAAACCAGUAUGAGUUCGAGAGCAGCCCAGGUGACGGAAUUGCAUAUUUUGUUGGGGCAAAUUUCACACCUCAUGUGAUCACUGUUAAUGCUGGUGAGGAUAUUAUAAUGAAGGUGAUGUCUUUUUCUCAACAAGGCACUCAUGCUAUCUGCAUUCUCUCUGCUAAUGGCACUAUUUCAAAUGUUACCCUUCGACAGCCUACUUCAUCUGGUGGUUCUCUGACAUAUGAGGGACGUUUUGAGAUCCUUUCCUUGUCCGGUUCAUUUAUGCCUACUGAGAAUGGUGGAACAAAGAGUAGAUCUGGUGGGAUGAGUGUUUCUUUGGCAGGCCCAGAUGGUCGCGUUCUAGGAGGGGGGCUUGCUGGUCUGUUGGUAGCUGCUGGUCCUGUGCAGGUUGUUGUGGGCAGUUUUCUUCCAGGUCACCAGCAGGAGCAGAAGCACAAGAAACAGAGAACUGAACCGGCAGCAGCUGUUGUGAGCCCAAUGGCUGUGCAUACAAUGUCUGCAGAUGGAAUUAAGGUUUCCUGUAGUGGAGUAAAGGCAAUUCUCACCUCUCCAUCAUUCCGUGGAGACAGUUCAGGUACUUUCAACCUUAUCCAGGGCUUGAGAAAUUCUACCAUUGACAAUAAAUCAUCUUCAAGUGGAGAGGAAUCAAAAGGCCACAGUCUAUCACAGUGAGGUUUCCAGUUGAUAGCAUUUGCAUGCUGGAAGCUAGUUCAUCAUCAUUGUUCUUUUUAUGUGGACACAACAUACUGUAGCCUCCAAAGUCAAACUCGUCCAAAACCAGUAUAAUUUCAUUGGCUUCUAACCAAGGGAAAAGUAGGUUUAAUGUCAUGAUGGUUUUAACCCAUAAUUGUACUGCCUUUUUAGGUUUAGGUAGGAUUUCUAAUUUUUAGAUCGGUAUCCGGCUUUCUUAACGGUGAUGGUGUAUUACUCAUUGAUGUAAAAUUUUAUGAAUGAUUGAAACCUGGUGUGCCUUUCCCCUGAUCAAGUGCCUGUAUCCGAAUGAUUUGAAGCUUAAAAUGCAUGUUUUGAUUAUGGUUUGUCGAAACUCAAGAUGCUUAAUUAAAUAAUGAAUUGCUACAUUUCCAAAUAACAGA